AGCUGACAGGCGGACAUUUGAGGAAGCAGGAUGGUGAUCCCCUACAAGGGCCAGUCCUACGUCGAUCUGAAGAAGAAGUGUCACCAGCUUGGUUGCCUCUUUGAGGACCCUCUCUUCCCCGCUUCUGACCAGUCGCUCUUCUACAAUCGCAACCGCGUCGGCCUCGUCAUCUGGAAGAGGCCAAAGGAACUGUGUGGAGAGCCGAGCCUCGUUGUGAACGGCAUCAGCGCUCAUGAUCUCAACCAGGGUCUCCUGGGGAACUGCUGGUUUGUGGCGGCCUGCUCCUGUCUGGCCUCACAGGAAGCGCUCUGGCAGAAGGUCAUUCCUGACUGCAAGGACCAGGACUGGGACACCAAUGCCCCAGACGCCCACACCGGGAUCUUCCACUUCUCCUUCUGGAGGUUUGGCGAGUGGGUGGAUGUGGUUAUUGACGACCGGCUGCCCACUGUGAAGGGAAAGCUGCUCUACUGUCACUCAAACGAUGCUAACGAGUUCUGGAGCGCACUGGCGGAGAAGGCCUACGCCAAGUUGGCCGGGAGCUACGAGGCGCUGGAUGGGGGCAACACGGCCGACGCCCUGACGGACUUCACUGGCGGCCUGUCGGAGCCGAUAAAUCUGAUAGGAACUGGUGUGAGGACAGACGAGGUGAAACGUGGCAACUUGUUUGAGAGAGUCCUCAAAGUCCACAGCAGGGGAGGCCUCAUCAGCAGUGCUGUCAAGGUGAGCAGUGUCACCGAAAUGGAGUUCAAAUUACCCAGCGGCCUGGUCAAGGGCCACGCCUACGCUGUGACGGAUGUGCGUGAGGUGAGCCUUGGUCGUGGCAUGAUGUCCUCCUCCUCCUCCAAGGGGGUAAAAAUCACAUUGAUCCGCGUGAGGAACCCCUGGGGGAAGGGCGAGUGGAACGGACCUUGGAGUGACGGUUCUCCUGAGUGGAAACAAGUCAGCAAGAGCGAGUGGGAGAAAUUGGGUGUCACCGUGCAGGACGACGGUGAGUUCUGGAUGACCUUUGAUGACUUCACCGACAACUUCACAGACGUCAUCUUGUGUCGCCUCAUCAACACCUCCUAUAUGAGCAUUCACAAGACCUGGGAGGAGGAGGUGGUGCGCGGCUCCUGGCAGCACCACGAUGAGCCGAUGAAGAACCGAGCGGGGGGCUGCACCAAUAACAAGGGCUCUUUCUUCCAGAACCCUCAGUACAUGUUCAACAUAAAGAAGGAGGAAGACGAAGCUCUCAUCUGUCUGCAGCAGAAAGACCGCAAAGCCUCACUGAGAAGAGGCAUAGAAGCGUACUUUGCCAUCGGCUUUGACAUAUACAAGGUGGAGUUGAACAGGACGUACCGUAUGCACAGCCUCUUGCAGAAGGUGGGGAGCAGCGUCUACAUCAACUCCAGGUCUGUUUUCCUGCGCAUCGACCUCAAGCAGGGACGCUACAUCAUCAUACCCACGACUUUUGAAGCCAAAAAGGAGGCCGGCUUCAUGCUCCGCGUCUUCACCGACGAGGUGUCACGGUUCAAGGAGCUGACUCUGGACCAGCCGCCCCGACCUUCCUGUAUGUGUCUGUCGGGGUAUCCCCAGGUGGUCACUCAGCUGCAUAUCCAGCAGGGUAAUGAUCUGGCUCGACAAGAUUGUGACCCCUACCUGAUCAUUUACUGCGAAGGAGAGAGAAUUCGCACACCGGUCCAUAAAGGCACACGCAGUCCUAACUUUGACAUCAAGUUUCUCUUCUACAGGAAGAGACCUAACCAGUCAAUCAGGAUUGAGGUGUACGCAUACAGCAUGGUGAGGGACAGCUUCCUGGGUCAGGUGACCGUGACCAAGGAGGUGGAUAACUUGCAGAAGACGCUCUACUUGAAGGACAGACGUAAUCGCCAUGACAACAAGGUCACCGGCACCCUGAACAUCGCCGUGGUGACCAGCUCGGAGCUCACCGCCAUAUAAGAGGUCAUAAGCCAUUUACACUCUUAUUCUUUUAUUAUGAAAAGUUUUAGCUGCAAUUUCCUUUUAUUUAUCUUUAAAAAAAAUUUACAAACUGAGUUUGUAGUUCACUUUUUUAAUGGUUUUUUUCUGUUAUUUUUGUGUAUUUUAUCCUCCGACUGACCUACAAAG